AUGGCUACCCUGAAGGAAAAGAGAACUUGUGGCCAAAGGUGUCGAGACUUUGGCCACUUUGUCUGGAAUUCUGAUGAAGGGACUUUCAUGGGUAGAACACCAGAGAAAUGGGUGUACAUCAGCCUCUAUUAUGUGGCAUUCUAUGUGGUGAUGACAGCUUUGUUUUCCCUGGCUAUCUACGUGCUCAUGUACACAUUGAGCCCAUAUGAACCAGACUACCAGGAUCGAUUACAAUCGCCAGGAGUAAUGGUGUGGCCUGACACAUAUAACGAUGAAGUGUUAGAGAUCACUUACAAUAUGUCAGACAAGCAUAGCUGGAUGAAGAUGUCCAAGUGUCUUCACAAGUUCCUUAAACCUUACAAUGACACCAUACAAGCACAGUGUAAUCAUUACAACUGCACAGUGGGCAAGUACUUCUUCCAGCACCAGUAUGACGCUCCUAAACAUACAAAGUGGGCCUGCCCAUUCUACCAGAGCAUGCUGGGUAAAUGCUCUGGCAUUGUCGACCCCACAUUUGGUUACACAACCAACCAGCCAUGCGUAAUCAUCAAGAUGAACAGGAUCAUUAAUUUCCUGCCAAACAAUGGUACAGGAAUGGCUCCAUAUGUUAACUGCACUGUGCUGGGUCAUGAGAACGUUCGUGGGCAUGUAUACUACCCCUUGAAUGGGACAUUGGACCUCUCGUACUUCCCGUAUUACGGCAAGCUGGCACAGCCAACUUAUGUGAACCCACUGGUGGCUGUGAAAUUUGACCUCGUCAAUAAGAGACGUGCAACGAUCCAGUGUAGGGUGAUGGCCAACAAUAUUGCUUAUGAGAACUUCUACGACCAUUAUGAGGGAAAAGUGACCUUUGAUUUAAACGCUUUGAGUUAGUUACAAAGAAUAUACUUGG